UGAUAAAGAAGUAGAUAUCGGUUUGACUCCUAAAGAGUGUUUUGUUCUUGAACCAGUCAUUGACUUUUCCUAUGUGUCUCUCACUCUUUCAUUCCGCUUCUUUUAUUGCUGCGCCGGGACCUCUGCGUCUUCUUGGGCCGUCGUAAAGUCUUUUUCAAUUUUCUUCCUUUAUUACCUUUUUAUGGUCUGUUGAGCAUCUGCUGACUUGGGUUUCCUCGAACUCUUCGAGUUGUCAAGGUUUUUGCUCAUGGGUGUCGAUUCUUGGAACUUUAUGGAGAACAGAUCUGAAGGGAUUGCCUGGGUUGGGAACAUGAUGCAUAAGCUUGAAGCCAUGUGCUUGGAGGUGGAUGAGAUCAUGGGCCAGGACGCACUUAAUAAUGUUGGAGGUCAGUUACAGACGGUGGGUGCCCCUGUUAGACAAUUUUGGUCAGAACUCAUGCAAGAUAUGCUCCUUCCAUCUUCGGUGGAUAUACAGGAAGAGGAGGGUUCGCACUCAGCUGCAGGAGGAAACGCCAAGGCCACAGUCUAUGAUGAGUCAAUUGGUAUUGAUGAAGGGCAUAUUGAAGAGGGAGCUUGCAGAGUAGAUCAUUUGUUACACUCAUCUUCUGUCGAACUUGUUAAGGGUAUGGAUCUUAGUUUAUCUUUGGACAAAAAUGUGGAUGUUGGGAUCAAUGGGAUGACUGUAGAGCCAGAAGUUGGUAUCAAAGAAAUUCCUGUUAAGGAGAUGCAAAUCCAGCAGGAUAUUUCAGAUAUAAUCCCCCCUGGAAAUAAAGAUUCAAGCAAGGACACACUUAAAAAUGUUGGAGAUCACUUACAGACGGUGCGUGACCAUGUUAGACAAUUUUGGUCAGAAAUCAUGCAAGAUAUGCUUCUUCCAUCAUCAUUGGAUAUACAGAAAGAGGACGGUUCUCACUCAGGUGUGGGAGGAAAUGCCAAGGCCACAGCCUAUGUAAAGCCAACGGUUGGUAUUGAUGAAGAAGAGCAUAUUGAAGAGGUACCUUGCAGAGUAGAUAAUUUGCUACACUCAUCUUCUGUUGAACCUGUUAAGGGCAUGGAUAUUGAUUUAUCUUUGGAGAAAAAUGUGGAUAUUGGGAUCAAUGGGAUGACCAUAGAGCCAGAAGUUGGUACCAAAGAAAUUGCCGUUAAGGAGAAGCAAAUCCAGCAUGAGAUUUCAGAUAUAAUCCCCCCUGGAAAUAAAGAUUCAAGCAAGGUGCUGUUAUCUCAUCAACUCGAUGCUGAUAAUGAUAUGGUACUGGAUUGUAGAGCCAAGAUUUUACUCCCAGCCUCAAAUGAUGUCCAAGGGUCUAACUCUUUUAUGAAAAGAGGGGAAGAGAUAGAUGCUCGUGCUUGUAACUCUGGCGACUUACCAUCCCCUGACUCUGUUAGUUUGGUUGAGUCCUGUGAGAAUAAAGUUAUGGAUGCUGAACUUAGUUGUGGUGAUACCUCAGCAGUAUCAAUUCGAACAUUCAAUAGCUCCAUUGAUGAAGAGUCUAGGGAUGAUGAUGUUACCAAGCAAGGCAUACAAACUGCUCAAUCAUCUGAUAUGGUGAAGCUUGGUGGAAGUUGCAUUAUGGUGGAAAGUACUGAACUUUGCUCCAUCUCUUGUGAAGCAACAAAAGUUGGGUCUUACAAGAAAAAACUACGGGAAGCUUUUGCUUCAAAAAUAAGGUUACUGAAGAAUCAGAAUCAUAAGCAGCAUGCAACCUUUUAUGAGGAUCUCGAUACAGGAUUAGAUCAACAAAGAGGAAAAAGUUCCAAAUCAUCAACUCAUGCUAAAAGACCUGAUUCCCUAGACCCAGAAUUCAGUGAGUCUGAGUGGGAGAUUGUUUAGAUAUAUUAGGAUGAAAUGACUAGGCAAUUCCACUGGUUUUGCAGCCUUGAUUAUGCCAGAUGAAACUGAGGAUCAACAAUUGAGUUAAAUUAGUCUUUUUUAUUAAAUGUAUUGAGUUAGAAACAGCGAGUGCUUAUAAAGGUGGAGGAUAUCAUAUGUUUAUGCUUUUAUUGCA